ACGCUUCCGUCGUACGUUACAGCUCGCGGAGAUGGUAUUAGUCGGUUUUAAUAUGUCCAGUUGCCUUCAAUGUGUUGGAACUGGUAUGUUGGACGGUAGAAACGCUGUUGAUAUCUGGUCCUAUGCAAGUAUACCGGCCCGAAUAUCUAACAUUCCUCAUGCUCUUAACCCCGGUUUUCAAGAUUUCGCCCCGGCCUUGACACAACCAUAAGACUUAUCAAAUCUGAAGGAAAAUAGAGUAACGACUUCUCACCCAGAAAUUGUCAGUUUUCCACGAUGACCACUCUCCUCGACCAAGUACGCGCGCUUCUCACUGUCGACGUCGACUCCAUGAAUCCAACCGUGGCGAAUCGGCACACCAGCGAUAGCGUCAAAUUCGUAGACAUGACUUCGAAUCAGGCGAUUGUAGCCGGAACUGCGACCCCAGAACUACUCGCAGAAGCGGUGAAAGUAAGCGGCGGUGGGAGCGUGGAACGAGUAUUGGAUGUUUUGACCGUCCUUCUAGCGAAACGAGUACUUCCAUAUCUCUCCGGGAAUGUGCACGCUCAAACAAGCCCUAGUGUUGGCUAUAGUGUGGAGGGAACCGUAAGCGAAGCACGAAGAAUCGUUGCAACAUUCGAGGAGCUAGGUGUUCCACGAGCGAGAGUUUGCAUAAAAAUACCAAUUACACCCGAGGGAGCACAGGCAUGCAAAAUCCUUCAAGAUGAUGGUAUCCAGACCCUUGGAACAUGUAUCUUCGGGGUGGAGCAAGCCGUCGCAGCAAGUUUGGCAGGCUGUGUGUACCUCGCACCGUACUUCAAUGAACUGCGUGUGCAUUUCCAAGAAGGACUAUGGAAAGCAUACAAAGUGGGCGUGAAGGGGGAGGAGCAUCCAAUGAUUGAUGUGGUACGGGCGAUCGUAAUGGUUUAUAAAACUAAGGGAACCAAGACCAAAGUCAUGCCAGCGAGUAUUGUUACUGCUCAAGAAGUGAUCGCACUCGCAUCUCUGCAGCCCGACCACAUGACUUUGUCGGGUGCCGUACUCGAUGAACUGGCUAGCCUUCCUCCGGUACCCGUCGACCACUUCGAUGAUCUUAUGAAACGCGAAUUGACAGUCGAGGAGUUAAAAAGUGCGUAUGUCGCUGUCCUGUGGGACUAUCCUAACCGCAUAUACAGCUAUCGAACGAGAUUACUUAGCAGACGGCAGUAAGUUGUUGAGGGAGGCAUUUGAUAGGAAUGCGGAAACGGCGAGAAAAAUGAAAGAUGCACUGUCCAUCUUUGCGGACUGCGAGCAAAGGACAAAGACCAGCAUCAAGGCGCUUUUGGUGUAAUUGCGUUUUCAAGGGCAGGAAUGAUAUGCUUCGUGAA